UUUGGUCGGUAGGGGGAGCUGCUGCUUGUACAGUUGCUCUCGCAGAGCUUUACAAAUUGCCGCAAGAAUAAGAGUGAAGACACCGUGAAGAUAUGUUUUCAUUAUCCCACACUUCUAGGAAAAGUAUCUCUCCUCUUUUAACUGAUGGUCCGUUAAACCAGCCUACUACUUUGUGUGUGUAACAUUUUUAACACACCAUGAAUUAUUUCUGCCUGAAUAAUCGGAACAGUUCUUCCGCCACUGCUCAUUUAUUUGUUUUGAACAAAAUCAAGCCGUCAAUUGUAAGAUAUAGUUCAGAGAAUAUUAUCUAAUUACCUUGUGGAAAGAGGCGAUGGUAUGAAUAUCCGUAAUAGUGGUGUUAAACGCACAUGUUUGCAUCAGUUGAAGGCGGAAAGAAAAGUUCCGGCACUGUCACUGUCGGAACUUAAUAGUGUGACAUCGAGCGGAAGUAAAUAAUACAAGCGCUGUGUUGGAGGCGUACGUAUAUUUAAUUAGCUAGGAUACUACAUUAAAAUUGCGGCAUAUGCAGUUAUUUCAUGGUUAAUUUAACAACACGGUAUCCAGUCGAGUAUUUCAGGAAUUAGGAAUUAAAAAAUAAGGACAAAAGGAAUUAAUAAUAAUUUAACAAAAAACAAACAAACAAAAAAAAAAAACAACCUAUCGUCGAACAAAAGAAAUACAUCUGUCUGACUGUUGGAUAUUGUUUGGAGACCUGAAAUGAAAUUACCCAAUAUAGAGCCUCCACAGCAACAUGUCUGUAAGGAGGAAGAGUUUCUCACAGACCAGCAGCUCUGUAUUCAGGAGAGGAGCUCCAGUCUGGACCAAGAGGACCCAGAGCCUCCACAGAUUAAAGAGGAAGAGGAGGAACUCUGCACCAGUCAGGAGGGAGAGCAGCUUGAGCUGAAGGAGGAGGCUGAUACCUUUAUGUUGACUCCUACUCAUGAGGAAAGUGACCACAGUGAAGAUCAGACUCUGGACUUCAACUCUGAUGAUACUUUUAGUGAAGCAGAGAAAGAGUCUGUAGCCAACAUGCCAGUUAUAAGCUCGGUGGUAUCAGAAGCACACGGUGGCAACCAGGAGGGAGAGCAGCUUGCACUGAAGCAGGAGACGGAUACCUUUAUGUUGACUCCUACUCAUGAAGAAAGUGACCACAGCGAAGAUCAGACUUUGAGCUUGAAUCUGGACAAAAGUCAGUGUCCAUCAGAGCUUCCAGCUUGCAUGGGUAUCAGUUGCCUAAAUGACAAAUCUGGCAGUGAAAAUUGUGAAGCAUCAAAACCAAAAAGUGACCACCAGCUCCUCUCUCAAAACUCUUGUGUAGCUAAGAGAGGAGAUCAGAAAGGAGGCGAGCAUGGGGACUCAGGAUUGACUCAAAAUUCAGAGCCAGAACCCAAAAAAAGACAUCACAAAAGCAGAAGUCACAGAGACAAGGUAAACAAUUUCCACACAGGUGAAAAGUCUUUCAAAUGUUACACAUGUGAGAAAGCUUUUAACUGUAAGUCACAUUUCCAGAGACACCUGAUAACACACACAGGUGAGAAGCCAUAUUCUUGUGACACCUGUGGGAAAAGAUUCUUUUGGACAUCAGAGUUAAACACUCAUAUAACAAUCCACACAGAUGAGAAGCCAUAUGUGUGCAAAUUAUGCGGGAAAGCUUUCAGACAGAAUCGCUUCUUGAAAAGCCACAUGAGAACACACACGGGCGAGAAGCCGUACCUUUGCAACACCUGCGGUAAAAGAUUCCGUUACAUGUCGGGACUGAACACUCACGUCAAACUACACACAGGUGAGAAACCAUAUACUUGUCAAACAUGCGGGCAAGAUUUCAGACUUAGCGGUGACUUAAAAGUCCACAUGAGGACCCACACAGGUGAGAAGCCGUACCUUUGCAAGACCUGCGGGAAAAGAUUUGCUUACACAUCAGCGCUGAAAACUCAUGCAAGAAUCCACACAGGUGAGAAACCAUAUUUGUGCAACACAUGCGGGAAAGAUUUCAGACGUAGCAACGAGUUGACGGCCCACAUUAGAAGGAAACACAUUUUUACACGCACAAGGUGAUUUAAUGUUGCAGCUCACCAGGUGGAGGUUAAGGCGAAUUUUCUCUGUUGCCGUCAGGGUGUCAUUACACUUUACCUGCUUGUAAAACUAACCAGCAUUCAAUUUUUUUAUUCCUGCUGCUAUUUGUCUUUAAAAUUCUUUGUACAUUUUUGUUUUUACUGUUUUUAUGUCUGUUAUGGUAAUGUGUCUAUUAACUUUUAUUAUUUAUAGAGUCAUUUGUUCCACUGAACUCCCUGGCAUUUUUUUUAUUACUCAUUCAUUUAUGUGUCUACAUGUUCUGUUCAAACAAAUUGCUCCUGGUGGGAUUAAUAAAGUUGUCUAAAUCUGAAUCUGACUGUAUUAAGGAAGCACAGUUAUUUUUAAUGUGUGAUUCAUUUAUUUUACAUAAAUCUUUAUAUAAAAUAAUGACAGCCCACAUGUCGUGUGUUACAGUGAAUUUUUAACGUAAUAAAGGUGUUUACAUUGUAAGAGAGACUUUUGUUUUUGUGAUGACUUCUCUUUCGUUUGAUUAAAUAUUGUUAUAUGUUAUAAUUAACAACAGAAUUUGACAGUAACAUGCUGCACGUGAUCUGCAGGGUGUGUCACCUUAUAUCAAGUUAAAUCAAAGACAAGAUACAUGACAAUAUACAAUUAAGAAAAAUGAUGCAGCAUUAAUAAAAUAAAAUAAAAAUGCUCUGCCUGGCAGCAUAAAAAGACAAGUGACCCAGCACUAGUAAAGGGUUUAUUCAUUCCAGAGGUCAGUCCUUUACAUUUGUAGGAGAGAGUUUCUCAGCUUCAACAUCAGAGAUUCUCAAUUCACAUUAGUGUUGUCACAGCACUGGAAUUCUAACUUUGACAAAAUGCGCUGAAAAAUACUGAUCUCUGAUAUCAUUUUUGAUACUAAGGGGCAUGAUUGACAAUGAGGGCAUAAAGUUAAACACAUUUUAACAGAAGAUAACUGUAACAAUGCUUUGACAUUUUUCCUUCUCUUAGUAGCAGAAUGACUGUCGUAGACAUUAACAAUGAUUAUAACUUUUUUACAUUAACAAAAACAAUAUUCUUCUUGCAGCAGUGCACAUUCAAAAGACACUCAGAUUGUCACACAUUCAAAAGGAAGUAAAGUGCAGGUAAAAAACAAAACCAUGUCACAAAAGAUUAUAUGCAGCUAGAAUAAAUUAGGUGGGAGUCGAGAAGACGGCACCGUGAUGGAGUGAGAGGAGUCGAGGCAAUGGGGACACAGCUCUUAUAUCUCUGUUUUCACAUUUCUUUAUCCUUGUCAAUCAUUACUUCAUGUAUACUUUUUGUUUUUAUUUCACACUUGCUUUGACAGUGUAAAUGUAUGUUCAUCAUGUCAGUAAAGCUCCAUUAAACUGAACUGAACAUAAUUAAACGGAGAAGAGAGCAAGUGAGAGGAGGCAGCAAUGGAGGCACUGCAGUGGUGUCAUAACAUUGUUAGGGAAAAAUACCAGUAUAUCGAUACUGCAGAAAAAGAGUAUUGACACCUUUAAGAACAUUUGUAAUCAUUAUGUAUCUAUAAAUCAAUAUUUUUGACAGUAGGUCGUGUAUAAAAGUAGCAAAACAAGAGUAUUAAUUUAACAGCACAUACAUUUGUGGAAACUGCACUCAUUGUGCAACAAGACCUUUCAAAGAUUUUGGAGAUUAUGAUUGUUAAAACAUUACUAUUGCUGAAGUCAUCAUGAGUAAUACAGUAACAUUAAGUGGAAAAAACAGGUUAAUUCAUAAAUGCUAUUACUGUGGUCUAAGACAGUCCCCAAAUAAACACAAACAACUCCCAAAUUCAAACGCUGGGGUCCUAAAACUCUUUGUGAUGUCAUAGGGUAUCAAGUCUAGAGCUGCUCCAUUGACAAUGGAUUGAGACAGAUGUUAAAGAUGACACUGAGAGCUCCCAGGGGGAUGUUAUGAGUAUAACAUAUGGCUACAUUAACUGAGAACAGUGCAACAGAAUAAGGCUCAUUUGGGUAUAAUAAAGAAAACAAAAUUCUAUACAUACAUAAAAUUCGGCUCACAUUCACUGUCUGUGGAGCGGAUGCAGACUUAACACCCUCCAACAUCACAAACUGGAGACUUACUUCUCCGGUUUCUGGCUUUGAGAGAGCAGCUCAUGUUCACAAUUAAUUAUUAAAGUUUCCUAGGCCAUGUUAAAAACAUAUUGGUAUUCUUUAUUUGGGUGGUGUUCCCUUUUAACAAAACUUGAUGGCAUUAUUUAUGAUGUAAUACGAUAUUCUGCCCUAUUUUAACUGAAAAUUCUUCAGUACAAUUACAGUGAUGUUGCUAUUACAAAACUGCAUUCAUUUUAAUAAUAAUAAUAAUAAUAAUAAACUUUAUUUAUAGAGCGCUUUUCAAAACAGGGUUACAAAGUGCUUUACAUGGUUGAUCCUGGAUUUAAAACAAUGCAGGAUUCAAGCAAAUAAAAUGAGGCGAUUUCAAGAAAAUACAAAGAACAGUAAAGAUAAAAUACCGUUGCAGAAGCAGAUAAGAAAAGUUGGCAACUAAGGCCCUGUAGAUUGCACUGAGGCACAGCACAUCGAUUAAAGUAAUACAAUAUAAAACACAAGAUAAAAAAACAAUAAAAAUAAUUAAAUGGGACAUAUAUAAAAUAAACAGUGUGCCACUGAUUCUGAAAGCCUCUGAUCCUCAGGCAUGGAGUUCCAGAGCUGAGGGGCCUUGACUGCAAAAGCCUCGUCACCUUUAGUUUUGAGCCAGGACUGAAGAACAGCCAGCAGAGCCCUGUCUGAGGAUCUGAGGCUGCGACCUGGCUCACAGGGGAGAAGCAUCUCAGCAGUGUAGCCUGGGGCUGAACCAUGCUUUAAAAGUGAUCAGUAAAAUCAGAAAGGACCUGAUUUUGGAGAUGCUUCUUAAUUGAUAGAAAGAGUACUGGACGAUGCUUGUAAUUUGUUUUUUAAAGGAGAGGUCACUUUUAAAUAUCACACCAAGGUUUUGGGCUGCAGGUUUGACAUUUGCAGAUAGAGACAUUUUAAUGAGUGAACACUUGUCCAGAGGAGCUGGUGGUUUGUCCUGUUUACGGACUGUUUUGUCAGGUAUGAGAUAUACUUUCUAAUAAGUGCUCAUGUGGCUCCUCACCUGUGAGGGUUCAAAUACAAAGUCAGUAUGCACUCCAAUAUGCCUUCCCAAUUC